AGAGCGAACGACACUUCAACGCUCGCCCUCCGCACACCCGAAGCUUCGCUGCUCCACAUCCUUAACCUGUUUCUGACCCUCGAACACUGCGACUCUGUGCGCAAGGGCCACGGCUGGCAUUGCUGGUACACACGCGCCGCAUUCAUAAUCCAUACGCCCGCCGUCAUCUUUAGCGCUUUCAGCCUGUACAAAAUAUACCGUUUGGCAUAAUGUCACACGUCGUGGUUUUCAAUGCGUCGGCGAGGAGCCACAAGAUACCGACCACACCCGUCAAGUACCUGACCGAGGUUCGUGACGAGGCAUGUCAGAAGUUUGGCGUCAACAAGGAGCAGUUCACUCUGAAGUACAACAACAAGCCCGUCUCGCUAUCGCAACAAAUACGGCAUGUCAAUCUUCCUCAAGGUGCACGGCUGGAACUCGUCCAAGCGUCUCGAUCACCUACUGUUAUUUCCGUAGCCUUGAGCCUUCCCCCGUCCGAGAAGAGCGCACGCCUGAUGCAAAAGUUCGCAAGCAACACCUCAUUAUGGGAGCUGCUGCGACACUUCGAGAGCGGGCAGGGUGCCAACUACAACUUCACACAGCGCGGCGUGCCGGAGAUGAACGGGACCGGGACGGGUGCUGGUAGACUUAACUACGAAAUGCCCGUCAUCACAGUCAUGCCUGGUCACAAGGAGUAUGGCUCAUUUGUAGAUCUCCAGAAGACGCUUAGCCAGCUAGGCUUCGACAGUGGAAGUGCUUCCCUGAAACUGGGUUUCAAGAAUAGUGGCACGCCACUUGAAGAGGCGAUGACACAAAUUUCACAAUAUUUCAAGAGCACUGAUCCUGCACCCAGCGGUGCUCAUUCAGAGAGCUCUGCGCAAGCUAGCUCCAUCCCUGACCCAGGUAAAGCUGCUCCUGAGGCGAUAAAAACAGUAGCCGGUGAGACCAUAAGAUCCGACGAGCCGGAUGCUUCACCAAUGGACGUAGACCAGGAUCCAAUCGAUGCUGAACCUUCAAUGCCGUCCGUCGACGGUCCAGCGCAUGUCCCCUCGACAACAUCGUCAGCUCCUCUUUCUCCACCUCCAGAGCCAACGCCAGCUACGCAGCAGCCUUCUUCGUCUACACUCCCCCGAAACAUACAGAUAUUCUCUGCUCCGACAUCGUCAACUCCCCAAGCCGCCCGUCAUGCCUUCAAUGAAGCAGAUUACCAGCCAUCCGUCGACCAACUACGAGGCCUCCAAGCCUCAUACAAAGAUCGCUCGAAAAACACCCGGCUACUUUCUGACAAAGAGCUCGAGCAGCAAGAAGCCGAACGACAAGAGAAGAUCGCCGCCAUGGCAUCCAAAGGCGGCAUUAUACGUGUACGCCUUCCCGACGGCGCAUUCGUCCAGUUCUCCGUCUCCAAGACCGACACUGCAGCCGCCGUCUACGACUUCGUCACCAGCUGUCUCGAGCACAAGAAUGAGCCUUUCCAUCUCUCCUACCGCGACGCGAAGGGGCAGUUCGUGCAGAUGGAUCGUACUUCCAAGCUCCUCUUCCAGGACAUGAAGUUCAGCAGCAACGAACUGCUCACGUUCCGCUGGGACGACGGCGCGAGUGCGGCAGUCCGGGGCGUUAAGCCGGUGCUGAGCAAAGCGUGGCAACAGAAGGCUGCGCCGCUGAAGAUUGAGGAGCCAGUCGUCAACGAACCGGCACAGGCGUCUUCGUCAUUGAAGGGCCAGACGCUCGGAGAAGGGAAGCCAAAGAAGGAGUAUUCGGCGGCGGAGAAGGAGAACAAGCUGAAGAGCUUGCUGAACAAGAGCAUCUUCAAGAAGAAAUAGAGUUGUGGUCUUUGUGGGUAAGGAGGAAGGGCAGGAUGCGCAGGCCUUUCGUUUUCUAGGGACGAAUGUUCUGGUGGCACUGUGGUUGUAGCAUUGAUGGCGCAUGGUGCCGACGCACCAGGUUCGGCAUUGAUAUGCCUAUUGUCAAUGAAGUCAUGAUGUUUAUGUGCGACAUCGGUCUUUUGAGGUCAAUGUAGUGACUGUAUCUUAUGGCGGUCUUUAUACUGGUCGCGAGUUCACGAGCCGAAGGACAUCAAUGAAGCAAGCGCGUAGCGGAUGAACACUGUGUUAUCAGUGAGAGACCCAAGGUGCGAUUAUGCAGCAUGUGCAGUCUGGGAACCAGCGCACACAUUAAGAACGGCGUACACAUUCGAAAGCGGAAUCAAGUAUUGCACUGGCGUGAACCGAUAACAUUUUUCAUCUUUUAGGAGAC